AUUAGGCCAGUGGCCACCGCGGCGUGAUGGCGUGUCUCAGUUUAUUACGGACUAGUGGUUUAUUUUUAUUGUUAUUCUUAAUAACAAACGCCUACGCGGUGUUCCAACCAUGGAUAUUCGCAGUGAGUGUGAACAAAAGCAGUUGUGCCGAACGAAAAUGUGUUUUAAAUUUGAAUUUGGAAGUUUCGAACGUGUAUUCGUGGUCGUUAACCCGUGAGCCGGCGGUUCGCGGUGCGCCGUGCAAUCCUACAAUCACCAAGGAUGUUGUAGACACAGAAUUAAUUGUUGAGAAGAAUGAAAGAAUGUUUUUCUGUGCCAAAGUCGGCGAGCAGUGGCUUCACCAAGGAGUUGGUUUAUAUUUGGACGGUGACGUCAUAGGAAUCAGCAAGCAGCUGGAAAACCUGGAACUCCUGGACGACGUCACCGACGUCGACAACGUCAGUGACUACAGUGACGUCAACGGUCUGCGGAAUGACGUCGACGUCAACAGGAACCGUGACGCCGUUAGUGACGUCAGUGACGUCGUGGUCGAGACCUGGGCUUAUCUGCCGAAUAGGCUAGUGGAUAGUACGGUACGUCCAUAA